UUGUCCUGAUUUCAUACAGGAAAAUAACAUGCAGCGUAUAAAAGGGUGGAGUGGUGGAGCAAUGGGCUUGUUUUUGUCCAAGGAACCUGCAGCUGCACAGAGCUGAAGAAAGAGACACAAUCUUUAUGAAGAAAAGAGGGCAGUGAGGAGGCACCACAGCCAUGUGGGCGUUCCUCAGCCUACUCCUCUCUCUCUGCCUGCUCCCUGUGGGGAAGGCAGAGGAUGAGGGGGGUGGGCUCAGCUGCCAACCGCCACCAGACUGGAAGAUAGGGGAGGUGGAGCCAAUGAAGGAGGCGCUGGGCAAGGUGACAGUGGUGGCUCUUCUGCAGGCCAGCUGACUUCACUGCUUACGGCAGGCAUCCAAACUAGACGGCCUGCGCCAGAGGUUGGAGAGUCAUGGGCUGCAGAACAUCAUAUACAUUGUCAUCAACCAGCAGGGGGCGGAAGCACAGCGUCUGCACACCUUGCUGUUGAAGAGACUGUCACAGAACAUCAUUCUGUUCCAGCAGGAGGAGCAUCAACCUGAUGUUUGGCAAACACUGAAAGGAGAUAAGGAUGACUUUUAUAUUUACGACCGGUGUGGCCGUCUGACUCACCACAUUUCACUCCCUUAUUCCAUCAUUGGGAAAGGCCACAUCGAAAGUGCAAUCACAAGUACCUACUGCAACCGUACCUGUGGAAACUGCACAUAUGAGGUACUGGGAAAUAUUGGACUUUACAAACAAUUAUACACACAAAAAUAUUUUGAUAAGAUAAGAUAAACUUUAUUGAUCCCA